AUGGCCACAGGAAGACUCCUACUCUGCGCUCUGCUGCUCCUGUCGCUGCAGCGGGGCCUCAGCAGGGGCCCCGGUGCUUGGGGGGCUCCGGUGGCGGAGGAUGAGCUCCGAGGGACCCAGAGGCCGCAGCUGGGUGCCCGCCUGCGCCGAGCCCUGGCCAGCCCGUGCCAGCUGUGGAGCCUGCCCCUACCUGUGGCCGAGCUGGGUCUGGGCUACGCUUCGGAGGAGACGGUCAUCUUCCGCUACUGUGCGGGCAGCUGUCCCCGCGGCGCGCGCACCCAGCACGGCCUGACGCUGGCCCGGCUGCGGGGCCAGGGACGAGCCCACGGCGGGCCCUGCUGCCGGCCCACCCGCUACGCCGACGUGGCCUUUCUCGAUGACCGCCACCGCUGGCAGCGGCUGCCCCAGCUCUCGGCGGCUGCCUGCAGCUGCGGCGCCUAAGGACGCCUGGCCUGGGGCCCCGCGGCUCCGCGAGGAGCUCUGCGGACUUAUUUAUUGGAGACCGGAGGGGAGGUGGGCUGCGGGCCGCCCGCGAGGAGCAUAAUAAAGGAGCUGCGGCCGCAGGACUGUGUUCAGCCAGAGUGUGCCUUCACCCCACCA